AUGCGUGAGUUGGCAAUGCAAGGAGGUGUCUCCGAUGACUCGCUGAUCGACUACGUCAUUUGUGGGAUUCCAGAUGCGGUGGUUAACAAGAGUAUACUGUAUGGUGCAACGUCCAUCCCUGAAUUCAAAGUUAAGUUGGAGUUGUAUGAUCGGAUGUGCGAAAGACGGAACGCCGAAUCCGGAAGGGCACCUUCCACGCCCGCGCAUGAUGGACCGGUAGAAAUAAGGUGUUACAAUUGUGGUGAUCGAGGACACCAGUCGCGGGAGUGUCCCGAUGCGGGUAAAGGACCCAAAUGUUUUGCCUGUCGAGCGUAUGGGCACAAAUCGUUUGCUUGUCCAACUAAGCCCGACAACCAACAUGCAGGUGCGUCUGGCCACUCGGGUGGACCUGGUUAG